UGAUUUCGUCGCAGGAUUAAUGGAGUUACAACAACUCGAUACAAAAAUAACGAUCGAAAACUUGCACGUGCAUGUGGUAUGGCGCAGCGUUUUGGUGCUUAUUUUCGAAUCGCCAUUAAGUAACUGCUUUUAACCAAUUCCGUAUGGCCCGAUACGAACCCGCAUUCCCCCGCCCCUUAUAUAUGCUCGUUUCACCCUUCAAAGCAAAGAAGGGUAUAGUUCGAUUAUUUGAUCGCUAGAGGCGGUAAUUCGUGGAACGGACUUUUGGCUGUAUUUCUUCCAUGCUCAUCGGCAAUCUCCCUGCUCAUUUCUGCUAUCGAUAUAUACGUUCCCGAAUUACCGUUAGAUGGAGGUAUAGAAACUUCUCACUAGAUAUGGUGAAGAUAGAACAUUUUAUUCAAAGUUCAGAAAACCGCAUACGUGCAUCUUUAUGUCAAUAGCUUUUAAUUUGUAACCAUAGAGUGAUUAUUUAUUAAAUUGUCUUUUAAAACAUAAACAAUGUUGAUCAAAGUGAAGACUCUUACCGGAAAGGAGAUUGAAAUAGAUAUAGAACCUACAGAUAAAGUAGAAAGGAUCAAGGAGAGAGUGGAAGAAAAGGAAGGGAUACCGCCUCAACAACAGCGAUUGAUAUUUUCUGGAAAGCAAAUGAAUGACGAAAAAACGGCGCAAGAUUAUAAAGUUCAAGGUGGAUCAGUACUGCAUUUGGUACUCGCAUUAAGAGGGGGUUUAUAAUUACAACAUUCCUUGUUCUGGAAUGUAUGUGCGAGUGUGUGUGUGUGAAUAUUACAGAUUGUAUAAGAUCAGCCACAAAUAUAAUAGGAUGCUUUCCAAUGUUACAUUCGCUGCGCUGUGUUUGCAAGGACUUGUAAUCGUCUUUGUAUCUCUCUUUGAUUGAACGGUUACAUUUAGAAUUGAAAUAAAUAUUAAUAAAAGUAAUUCAGUUAUAGAAACCUAAUAUUUGCAUAACCAAUAUCGUAAUCAUCUUUCAAUUAUAUCUAUUAUGAAAAAUAUCCGCGUACAAUAUUUGUAGUAUGAAUCUAAUUUCCCUAAGUUUGUAAAGUCCCCAUUGAGGCGAGACCCGAUCCGAAUUUGAAUAAAUUUCGUUCGAAAAUUCGAGCUCGUAUCAUUUCAAUAUUAGUUUCUAUGAUAUUUGCUGUUAUGAGUUGCCAGACUCCACUUUGUUUUGAAAAAUCGUUGGCAAAUGUUGCAGUACGCGGUAGAACUCUGCGACUCCUCGUGUCUCGAUGUAAUAUGCCGUAGAAGAGCGGGCUGCGUCGUAAAUGUUACACCGCAUUUAUUACAGAACCACCCUGGCGAAUGCAAACUCCAUUCCGGUAUCCUUGUGUGUGCCUCUAUAAAUUUAUAUCUUCCUAUAACUAACGCUGCAAUAACAUUAUAUCGCAAUAAAUAUUUCGAGACGAAUUUUAAUUCUUUCAGAAGUACUUCGGCGAUUGUUAAAUACUAACAUAAAUGAUUUUAACGAACUUGUUUUCUAUACGCGUAACGAAUGAUACUUCAAAUCUCACAAGUCUACUUAUUAUUAUAUAAACUAGUAUAUAGAGUAAAAUAAUGGAUAUCACAAGGAUAACCUGAGAUCCUUAACUAAGUAUUAAAUGUAAAAAUUCUCAAAAUUUGAUCAAGAAUUUUUAGUUGUCCGGUUGUCGGAGAUAUUUCCAAGAAUCCCAGGAACAUAUAUGUUUCGCGGUAUACUGGUCGGUUUUCACCGCAAUGCGUAUUGUCUGUGAAACUGUAAAAUAUUCACUUUCCUACUAUAUUA